AUGAUAAAAUUAGAUCAGCAUUCAAGUGUACUGAUAUUGUUGUUCAUUGUUGGUUUAUUUUUGACUCUUAUCAAUGGAGAAGAUAAUAAAACUUCAUGUUGGUCUUCAUCAACUGUAUACAAAAUAUCAGCUCAUAAUGGUAAUCAUACCGAUUGGGAAAUAAGUGCUACUGAAAUCGAAUUUGUUGAAGAAUGUCAUUUAUCCUUUGUACAAAAGAUUACUAAUAAAAAUUGUUCUGAAGUAAUAGGACCAUCUCGGCGGCAUCCAACACUUCUGCAAAAAUAUGGUUAUGGAUUUUUAUCUAUUUUUAUCAUAAGUGCCCUCUCUCUAGCUGGUUUUAUAGCAUUUCCACUAAUGAAAAAGCCUUAUUAUAAAUAUUUAAAUGCAUUUUUUACUGCAUUGGCUGUUGGGACACUUUUUGCUGAUAGCGCUUUUGAAUUAUUCCCUGUCAUUAUCGAAUAUGGUCUAAGACAAAAUCAUUUACAUGAACAUGGUCGACUAACAUUCAAUGAACAUUCAAAUGGACAAAAACAGAUACCACGUUUUCUUUGGCAGAUGCUUGUUCUUGUUCUUACUGCUUAUGUGUUCUAUGUUAUUGAACUUACUAUAAACGCUUUUAUGCAUCGUCGACAUAAUGAUCAUCAUCAUCGUAGUUCAUUUGCUCUUAAUGAUUAUAAAACGCCUGAACGGAGUGAACUACCGAGAGGAGCAUUAUCAAAAUCCCAUGGUGAUCUUUCGAUUAUUGCUACCAAUACUUUACCUAAUUUGACUAUAACCGCUGAUGAACGACAGACGAAAAGCACUGGCUGGAUGAUCAUUAUUGGUGAUGGUAUUCAUAAUAUAGCUGAUGGCCUUGCUAUUGGAGCAGCGUUUUCUGAAAAUAUCUGGUUUGGUGUGACUACGUCAGUUGCGAUUGCAUGUCAUGAAUUACCAACUGAACUUGGUGAAUAUAUGGUUUUGAUUGAAUCGGGUUUUACUUUACGUCGAGCGUUACUUUUCAAUUUUGUAUCGGCUUGUACAGCGUUUAUUGGCUUUUUCAUAGGAGCUGGUGCCGCUCAAAAUGAAGGUGCCCGUACAUGGAUUUUUGCUAUUACAGCUGGAACAUUUGCGUAUAUCGCGCUUGUGGAUUUAUGGCCAACAUUAAUGCCACACGCAGAUAAAUUUGAUUGGGUUCGAUUUAUUUGCGUUACUGCCGGUUAUUUACUAGGUGUUACAAUCAUGUUAAUUUUAACAAUAUUUGAUGAGCAAAUCGUAAAUUCAACUGCAGAAAAUUAG